AGCCCAGUGGGCAGGCGGGCGGGCCCGGGCCCGAUGGGCACGCUGGGCCGGGUGGGCCCCGGGGGUUACCUGUGCCUGUCCAUGAGCGGGGGCGCUCCGUGGGGCUUCAGGCUGCAGGGCGGCCAGGACCAGCAGCGGACCCUCCAAGUCGCCAAGAUUCGCAGCAAGAGCAAAGCCUCAGGAGCGGGGCUACGUGAAGGGGACGAAGUCAUAGCCAUCAAUGGGAAUCCCUGCACAGAGCUGACCUACCCCCAGGUCAUUGAACUCAUGGAGAGCAUCACCGACUCCCUCCAGAUGCUUAUUAAAAGGCCCUCCAGCGCCGACGACGAGACCUCGGGCGCCGAAGCGGAAAGCGGGAAUCCCGACAGGCUCCGAAGCGAGGUCUGCCUGAAGAGCAGCACCCUGCAGAUCCGACCGGCGCCCCAGACCCUUUACAAAGAGCUGCUCAUCACCCAGGUGCAGAGCGGAGAUCCCUCCGGGGGCCCGCAGCAAGAAAAAGAAAUAGUUCAGAGCUUCCGGAUCGCGCCCCGAGUGACCGACCCGCCGCAGGGGCUCUUGUCGGAUAAGGCCGAAGAGGGAAGGCCAGGUGCUGUAGUGGAGCUGCAGUUGUCCCUCUCACGUGACGGGCCCGAGGGCACCGGCGCUGCCGGGAUUCUCCCGGGCGCCGAGACACGGAACUCUCCCGCCUCUGACCCCAUCUUGCAGCAGGGAGCCGGCGCCAAGAUCCCUGCGAGUCCCCGGGGUGAAAGAGAAGGCCCUCCCCAGUGGUCCGGCCGAGUCAUCCAGAUUGCCGGUGGCAAGGAGUUUCAGGGGAUCCAGGGGGCUGAAGCGGAGGCACCGCGCUUCUCUAGGGUGGAGGUGAUCCUGGACUGCUCUGCCAGGGAGAAGGCGGAAGGGACCAGAUCCCAAGCAGGAAAGGGGAGUGUUGAUUCUCAAGUGGAAGGGGGCCAGUCAGAAGCACCUCCUUCCCUGGUCUCCUUUGCAGUCUCAUCAGAAGGCACAGAGCAGGGAGAAGAUCUCCACUCUGAAAGGAAUCACACCAGACCGCACAAGCACAGGGCGAGGCAUGCGAGGCUCCGGAGGAGUGAAAGCCAGUCGGAGAAGCAGGUGAAAGAGGCCAAGUCUAAAUGCAAAAGCAUAGCCCUUCUGCUCACGGCGGCCCCCAACCCCAACUCCAAGGGAGUGUUGAUGUUUAAGAAGCGCCGGCAGAGGGCCAGGAAAUACACCCUCGUCAGCUACGGCACCGGGGAGCUCGAGAGGGAGGAGGACGAGGAGGAAGGCGACGCCGGGGCCGAGGCCUUCGAGGUGACGUUCCUGGGGACGAGCGAAUCGGAGGUCGAUGAAGAAUUACCUUCUGACACUGACAACGAGGCUCAGAUCGUGACCUUCGACUGGGAUUCCGGCUUGGGGGAUAUUGAAAAGAAGCUGAAGAGCGGAGGCGACAUGCAGACGCUGCCGGACAGCACGGGCAAGGGGGCGGUCAUGUUUGCCAAGAGGAGGGAGAGGAUGGAUCAGAUCACCGCCGAGCAAGAGGGCCCGAGGCCGGGCAAGGAGAGGGAGGCGGCCCGCUCGGAAGCCACGAGGACGGUGACUUCGUACCAGAGGACGGAAGAAGAGGUGACCCGGAGCCAGAGUUUCACGAGCAAGAGUUCGGUGGAGCUGAGCCGCGGCCCCAGCCAGACCGUGCAGCACAAUGGCUUCGCUGGGGCCGCCGAGGCCCAGAGAGGGGCAGCUUCCAACAGGACCGCCAAGCCUUUCCCGGGAUCUGCGGGCCGGGCUGCCGCCGCCCCGUUCUCCCCGACGAGAAGCGUGGCGAGCCCCCUGUCCGACUUCCCCGCCCCUCCCCCCUACUCGGCCAUCACCCCGCCCCCCGACACCUUCCCCACGGGAGCGUGGAGCCCCGGAGCCGGCCCCGCUCCGCCAGCCUCGUGGACAGCCCCGGCCCCGUGGACCCCCUACGAGCCGUCCGAGCGGAUCGCCUCCCGGGACGAGCGCAUCGCCGUGCCGGCUAAGAGGACCGGAAUCCUGCAGGAGGCCAAGCGGAGGAGCGGCACCAAGCCCAUGUUCACCUUCAAGGACCCCCCCAAAGUCAGCCCCAACCCGGAACUCUUGUCCCUCGUCCAGAACGUGGAGGGCAAACGGGGCCCCGGGGCCGGCUUUGAGUCUGGGCCCGAGGAAGACUACCUCAGCCUGGGGGCCGAGGCCUGCAACUUCAUGCAGACUCACGCCUCCAAACAGAAGACCCCCCCUCCCGUCGCUCCGAAGCCCUCGGCCAAAGCAUCCCCGUCCCAGCCCGGAGCGCCCGCGUCGCCGGUCUGGGCCCCUUCGGCGGCACCGUCCGGCCAGCCUCCCGUCUUCCCCGCCGCCCCCCCGGCCCAAGGCCCGGCGACAUCCCCCGUCAAAGUCGCCCACCCCCCGUACCGGCCCCCGAGUACCCUCAACGUAACCGGUCCCUUCCGGGGGCCUCAGGCCGCGGUGGCCGGUCAGAACAACCCUCCCAAGACGACCCCUUCGCCGGCGGCCGGGAGCGCCGCCCAGGUAGGGCUGGCCGCUCAGCUGCCCGGCAUGAGUGGGAAGGGAGCCCAGCUGUUCGCCAAAAGGCAGUCGCGGAUGGAGAAGUACGUGGUGGACUCGGAAACCGUGCAGGCCCACAGGGCCCGAGCUCCCUCCCCCACGCCGUCUUUGCCAGCUUCCUGGAAAUACUCCUCCAACGUUAGAGCUCCUCCGCCCGUCGCCUACAACCCCAUCUACUCGCCUUCCUACCCGCUGGCCGCCAUCAAGUCCCAGGCCCCGGCGGCCUCCAAGGCGACACCCAAAAAGGCCAAGAAACCCCUCAACGCCUUGGAGGUCAUGAAACACCAGCCCUAUCAGCUCAACGCCUCUCUGUUCACCUUCCAACCGCCCGGGGCGAAGGACGGCCCGGCCGCGAAGCCGCCGGCCAAGCUCGACCCUCCGCCCGGCGCCAAGCAGGGCCUCCCGCCGCGGCCGGCCGACGCCGGCUCGCCCGUCACCUACCGGGUCUCGUCAGUGUACUCCGUGCCGGCCUACGGGUCCCAGCCUCCCUUCCACCCGGAGGCGGUCAGUCCGGCCAGCGCCUCCCCCGGGCCCGUGGGCGGCCCCUCCUCUCCCAAGCAAGAGUCGGCCACGGCCUCUUACUUCGUGGCUCCGAGGCCCAAGUUCUCAGCCAAGAGGGGUGGCGUCACGGCCCAGGAGGGUGGACGCUCAUUUUCACUUCCUGGGAGACCGGUGGCCCUUGUUCUCUCCCCUACUUCUCCCUUGGUUUUCCAGCCUGAUCCGGGACCGGAGAAAACCAGCAAGAGAUUAACUCCUUGGGAAGCAGCAGCCAAGUCCCCUCUGGGGCUAGUGGACGACGCCUUUGGGCCCAGGAAUAUCCAAGAGUCCAUCGUGGCCAACGUGGUCUCAGCCGCCCGAAGGAAAACGAUGCCGGAGCCACCGGAGUAUUGGAAGCAGAGAGUUUCCUACCCACCCCAAGUGCUGAAAGCCACUCUAGGAAGAAGACAGUCCAGCUCCGUAUCAGCACCAAAGAGCAACAUGACGGUCCCUCUUGCCAGCCUCCCCUAUGGUUCGCAGUUUUCCUUUGCAUAUUGUAGAACUGAUCCCAACCUGGUGGCCUUGGAGUCCAGAUCGGAUUACUGCGUUUCCCUGGGUGACUGCAACUACAAUCCUCACCCAAGAGGAUGGAGGCACCAAACCUGAAAAUCAGAAGGCCUCUGAAUGCAUCUUCCUUCUUCUGGCCUCAAAAUCCAGGCCGUCCAAAGGAGGAGAAUGGCCUUUCUGGUCUGAUAAAUUUUUUCUAGCCUGACGAUCAGUUUGAAUGGAAAAAAAAAAUGCGAUUUGGAUUAGCCAACUCUUGGGGACUCCUGUAGGACAAGCGUUUGUGUAUGUAACUGUGGACAUUUGUGUGAGUGUGUGUGUGUUUAUGUCCAGGGUCAGCGUAAGUAGUCAGGUAGGAGAGAGCCUCAACUCAAAAGAGUCGGCUGUUUUUUCCCCCUCAAGGAAAAAGGGGUAUAAUAAAAAUCAACUUCAAAUAUUUUGCCAAGUAAAAGCCAUUUUCUGAAUGGUUUUCUUUUUUAAAAAAAUGUUGGGCUGGAAGACAAAUUCCCUUUCUAUAACUAUGUAGCUUAACUAAGUUAAUGUACUUUUAAUUUGUACAUUUUUCCAUAGGGUUCAUCUGGUGAACUUGUGUCAGUUUAGGAAAAGAUUAGGAUAUUGGCUUCUGUGUCGUGAGUGGCACAGAAAAGAUAAAAAGAUAUUGCAUGUGUCCGUAAUUGGAAGGUCUGGUGAUGAUCUUGGACUUGGAGGACAUUUCAAUAGGUUUCA